AUGGAUUAUAAGAUGAAGGAGAAUAUGAGCUACAUGCAGAUGUCUCUACCUAAUUACUCGUACGUCUUGAACCUGGAAAAAAAUUUUAUUUAUUGGGAUACCGUGACGCCAAUGAAUGAUCAUUUGCCAUACUGCAUCGUAUAUUGUGCUAUCUACGUCAUUCUAGUUUUUUCUGGGAAGUAUUACCUAUCAGAUAAGCCAAAGUUCGACCUAAGACGUUGGCUUACUUUAUGGAGUUUGAUGCUUGCGACGUUCUCCAUCUUUGGCUUUCUUCGAAUGGGAUCAGAGAUGUUCCACACUUUAAGCAAUUAUGGGUUUUACUAUAGCGUUUGUGUUCCAAAUUUCCUUACGCGAGACCCCGUUGCAGCAUUUUGGACGUUCUCGUUUACAUUGUCGAAGAUAGUAGAACUCGGUGACACAGCCUUCAUCGUGUUACGAAAGCAACCAUUAAUAUUCCUACACUGGUAUCACCAUAUAACUGUUCUUCUUUAUACAUGGUACUCUUAUGGGGAAACUUCAGCGACUGGCAGAUGGUUCACUACGAUGAACCUCUUCGUUCACUCGUGGAUGUACUCUUAUUACGCUCUGAAAGCAAUGAGAUUCAGUCUACCAAAAUGGAUAGCCAUAACAAUCACUAUGCUACAAUUGUUGCAAAUGGUUAUAGGUUGCGUUAUAGUCUUUGCGGCUUACUACUACAUGCAAAUCAACGAAUGUAACGUUACACUUUCCAACAUCAAAUUUUCGUUGCUAAUGUACUUCAGCUAUUUCAUUCUAUUCGCUAGAUUCUUCCAGCAGGCUUAUCUAUCUAACGAAUCUGGAGACAAAGCUAAAAAGGCAUAUGCCAAUAAAACAUCAAGCAAUGACAAGGUCAAGAUAAAAUGAAAGACCAAAGUUUUGGAAAACUUUUUGGUAGUCUUCAAAGGCUUUUUUGAAAACACAGAGAUGCGAUUUAAGAAAUGUCACUUAGAAAUAUGUAGCUUUUACGAGUCUUUCUUAACUGAAAGACGUAAAAGAUGUUUGUGAUAAAUGAAAAUGCAUAAUAUUAGUGAUAAGUAUUAGUUGCACAUUUAAUUUAGCAAUCAAUUUUAUGAUGACUAGUUUAGCAGGAUCAGCGUUACAUGUAUUAUCAAUGAAUUAACAAGGAGCUCCUUGAAAUCCAAAAGCAUCUUUUGACGAAUUUUUAUGAAGUUUCUGACAAAAGAGUUCGCGAGUAUAGAAAUAUUUAGAAAUGUAACAUUUCAAAAAUCAAUAAUUGUGAAAAAUAUCAUCGACUUUUUAUCAGAAAAGUUUCGAAUUGUUAUUUUUCUAUAGCGAAGAAUAUUAAUUAUUAUUAAUACUUCACGAACUAAAGAUAAAUUUAAGAUUUCAGUAUUCUAAAAUUUCAUGAGCAAAUCUGAGAUAAUGUAUACGCUUGUUCGAAUGAAAAUUUCAAAUGACAGUGCUUGCGCAUAAAGAAUUCUCAUUGUGUACUAUU